CACUCGAUCGUGUUUCCUGACGGAACUAUUUAUUGACGGAACCGGAAGAGCAGUGAAUCACAACUUCCACACAUGUGUGGGGGAGAGCAUCGGUCUCAUUGACAUAACGUACAUGGUAUUCCAAUAUAAAGUUGACAUUAAUAACGUUACAUAUCACCAGAAUAACAGCCGCACCUGACCUGAACCCGUAACGGCCGCGUCGUCAAGAUGGCGGAGAUCGUUCAGCAGCGGAUUGAGGAGAGGAUCCCGGAGCUGGAGCAGCUGGAGAGAGUGGGACUGUUCACCAAGAAAGAAAUUAAAUCCAUAAUCAAGAAAUCGACUGCGCUGGAAUACAAACUGCACAGGCUGAUUGUAAAUAAAGAGGACUUCAUUGCGUACAUACAGUAUGAAAUCAACGUUUUAGAGCUGGUCAAGAAGAGAAGAGCGCACAUUCACUACCACUUCAAACGAGAAGACAUCGAGUUCCCCAUCAUCCAUAGAAUAAAUAGUGUCUUCAGGAGAGCAACAAACAAAUGGAAGGACGAUGUGCAGCUGUGGCUCUCGCACGUGGCUUUCUGUAAGAAAUGGGCCACCAAAGGUCAGAUCAGCAAGGUGUUCUCAUCCAUGUUAGCAAUCCACCCUGACAAACCAGCCCUGUGGAUUAUGGCUGCCAAGAGUGAGCUGGAGGACAGAAACUCCUCUGAAAGCGCCAGACACCUGUUUUUGAGAGCUCUACGCUUCCACCCGAACAACAAGAAGGUGUACCAGGAGUACUUCCGUAUGGAGCUGCUGCAUUGUGAGAAACUGAGGAAGCAGAAGAAGGAGCUGGAGCAAGCUGAGAUGGACACGGGUGAAUAUGAAUUCUCUCCAGAGAUCCUGAGUGGUAAACUGGCUGAGGUUGUGUACAGAGAUGCUACAGGGAAAAUCAAAGACGCAGAGUUCGUCAUCACACUUCUGAAUAUCGCAGCUAUCUUUGACUUCACCAAAGAACUGCAGGACUCCAUCCUGCAAGACUUACAGACUAACUACACAGAGGAGAGCGUGACGUGGGAUUUCAUGGCCAAGAGGGAGCUGGAGGCGCCGGGGGCAGGAGAGGAGCUGCAGACUGCUAAAGGCCGGGCCUCUGAUAUCAAUCGAAGAGAGGAGCGCUGCUGUCAGGUCUAUGAGGAAGGAGUCAAGAGCCUUAACACAGAGCCCAUGUGGACUUGUUAUGCAGCCUUCUGCCUGGAAAGACUGAAAAGGAAAACCAACGUCCAAGAGCUGAAAGAAAAGAGGCAGGAGAGGUUGCUGGGAGUUCUGCAGCGCGCUCACGACUCCUCACUGCUGAAGGAGGAUUAUUAUAAGAAAUGGCUUCAGAUCCUGCUUUCAUCCGGAGACGGCGAGGGAGCGGCCAGCGUUGCCAUGGCAGCCACGCAGCGCUACAGCCAAUCGGUGUCGAUGUGGAGCCUGAGCCUGCAGACGCUAAUGCAGCUGGGGAGCGGAGACAUGGGCCGACUGUUCCAGGACGCUCUCACACACAUUAAUCCCAAGGAGAGUCUACCACUUUGGCAGCUGCAGGUCCAGUGGAGCGCUGCCAACCAGAGUCCUGAAGAAACCGAAGCCGUCUUCAAGAGAGGUCUGCUGUCUGCAGUAGCGGCUGUUGCCAUGGAGAUGAAAGAGAGCUACCUUGAUUGGUCGUAUUCCACUGGAGGCUACAAGAAAGCGAGGAAGACCUUUACGAGCUUGCAGGAAAGUCGUCCCUUUUCCAAGGCCUUUUUCACCAGGAUGAUUCAGAUGGAGAAAGAACAAGAGACUCCCAGGAUGAACAAUCUGAGGGAUUACUACGAACGGGCCCUGCAGGAGUUCGGCUCCUCAGAUGACGAUUUGUGGCUGCAGUACAUCCAGGAGGAGCUGGGAGACCUCGGCCGGCCAGAGAACUGCGGCAAGAUCCACUGGAGAGCCAUGAAGUUCCUGGAGGGGGAGAGUGUGGAAAGAUUCAUUUCCAGAUACACUCUGCUUCAGACCGGACACUUAUGAGAAGAUCCAGAAGGUCCAAGUCAUGUCGAUCGAGGCCUGUAAACUCAGAUGACGACAGCCAAAGUUUCUCAGAACAGGCCUUCUUCUUGUUUCAACGUCUUUAAGUAUUUUUACUUGUGAAGUUUGCUGUCCAUCAGGAACAGGCCUGUCUACUUUCAAUCAAAGGUUCCUCCAGUGUUUGGAGAUAUAUUCUUACAUUUGACUGACAGUGUUCUUGGUGAUAAGAGUUUUACAGCUGUGAUACAAUUUUCCAUUUUUUAUAUACAGCUGUUUGUGCUGCAUUUGAUAUCAGAGUGAUGUUGGAAACAAAGUCUUCUAAGGAGAUCCUGUUUAAGAGAAUUCCACAUUUUAUUUGGCUUUGAUGCUGUUAUAAUGAUAUUAAAACAGUCUCUCAUUCA